UUGCAUGAUGUUGGUCACUCGGGCUAUCCGGUCGCAAGCUCUUGCGAGCAAGCGUGUCUUGCCAGCAUGUCUUCAGAGUCGAACGUUCUCGUCUACUCGACCUGCUUUGGCUGAUGCACAAGCUGCUACCGUCAACCGAUUGGGAGUCAUCGGAGCAGGACAGAUGGGCCUAGGAAUCGCCCUCGUCGCCGCUCGCGCCGCCGGCGUCCCCGUAACCCUCGUCGAUACCUCGCAAAAGUCUCUCGACAAAGGCAUGGCAUUCGCCGACAAGCUACUGGCAAAAGACGUCACAAAAGAGAAGAUCAAGCAAUCAGACGCAGACGAGAUCAGAGCGCGACUCACACCUACAACGAGCAUGGACGAUCUGAGCAAUGUGGAUAUGGUCAUCGAAGCUGUACCGGAGAUCCUGGAUCUGAAGACGAAGAUCUUCGCACAGUUGGCACAGACAUGUCCGAACCAUGCGAUUCUGGCGACGAAUACGAGUUCGAUUAGUAUUACGAGGAUCGCGGCGAGUACGACGAAGGACCCCACCGACCUCUCCGCCUCCUCCCGCGUCGUCUCCACCCACUUCAUGAACCCCGUCCCCAUCCAAAAAGGCGUAGAAAUCAUCUCCGGCCUGCAAACCUCCCCCUCCACCCUCGCAACCGCCAUAACCUUCUGCCGCCGCAUGGGAAAAAUCACCUCCACCUCCGCCGACUCGCCCGGAUUCCUCGCCAACCGCAUUCUAAUGCCGUACAUCAACGAAGCAAUCAUAUGUUUGGAGACAGGUGUGGGUGAUGAGGAGUCCAUUGAUAGUAUCAUGAAGAAUGGCACGAAUGUUCCCAUGGGACCGUUGGUGUUGGCGGACUUUAUCGGAUUGGAUACGUGUCUGGCGAUUAUGGAGGUGUUGCAUACGCAGUUGGGAGAUAGCAAGUAUCGGCCUGCGGUGAGGUUGAGGCAGAUGGUUGAUGCGGGGUGGUUGGGAAAGAAGAGUGGAAGGGGGUUUUAUCAGUACUGAUGGAGUGGUGGAGAAGGGGGAGCUGUACAGUACCCGAAGGUCACUCGUCAUCACGACUACAUUCAAGAUG